GUCUGUACAAAUGCUAUUAAUAUCGAUGUAGUUUCUUCCUUGUUAUCCAUAUUGUCGAGAUUAUUGAAAUUAUUGAGAAUAUGAUGCAGCAAUUCAUGGAGACUUCUAUUGAAGGAUACACAACUAUGUGGCUCUCCCAGGCCAAGUUGGAAGCAGCGAAACAGAGAUCUCUUCGACACCAGAGAGGAAGAGGUUCCUGCGUCCUAUUCAUCCUAGACGUGUCUGAAAGCAUGAGAGGAACAGCUGUCAGGGAAAUGAAGACAGCGGUCAUCGACAUUCUGGAUGAGUUUGAACAGCAUAGACCACGCCUUGAUGAAAAUGUUUCUGUAAUAGUCUGUGGACAGGAAACUAAAUUCCUUCACUACUACUCAAACCAAUAUGCUGCAAUAAAACAGAGCUUAGAGGAACUGGAAUGUUCCGGUCCAUCUCCCCUGCCUGCCGCCUUCAUGUUGGCUCUUGGUGGAUUAUUUGAAGGAGCAGCGCACACCUCACAAGUUGGAGACUUUCAAUUGCAUCCCCGAGUAGUCGUUUUCACUGACGGCAAAUCAACGGACUUCAGGAACUUAAAUACCAGUGAUAUUGAGACGGAUCAAACACCUGAUACCCGUUCAAUGGCAAUCCUCUGUUCACAUACCUCUCAAAUAGGAGAAAAGCAUCCGAUUUUCUGUUUUCCAGUCGGAGAAAACCCCAAUUACGCUUUAUUGCAGACAAUAUCGUCGCUGUCUAAUGGAGGAAAAGUGUUGGAGAUUCGUAAAGCAAGGUGUUUUGGACGUUACAUAAUCCAUCAUGUAGCAGCGGAUCGUAUUUCCAAGGCAACGAAUGAGAAAAUAAUAGAAAGAGAAAACUUGAGAAUUGUCGCUGAUUUGCUCAUCCCUGAUGAGACAUAUGAUGAGGACGAUUUGGAUAUCAUAUACGAGUUGAUACAUAAUAGGGAGAGGAUUCUCGAAACCCAAAAUAGAAUGGAUGAGGACUCGGAUGACCUCAAUUACAAAGAAAAAUAUUCCACGGUCCCCUGUCUCGGUACAAGAGUUUGCCGCGGCCCCCACUGGAAAUUUCAGAACCAGGACAGUGAGGGCAAUGGGACUAUAGUUGGACACGGAGAUAAAGCUGGCUUCGUGCGAGUGGAAUGGGAUAAUGGGAAUCGGUGUGUUUACAACUACGGAAUAAAUGGUGUAUAUGAUAUUGUGAUUUGUGACGAACCAAGAAUUCCUAUUGAUGGUUUUGUUGCUGUUGGGUGUUAUGUAAAGAGAGGCCCUGACUGGAAAUGGGAAGAACAGGAUGGUGGUAAGGGUUCUAUAGGAACAGCUUACCGAGUGAUGGAUAACGCCAGCGUUUACGUUCGAUGGCCCUGUGGACGGAUGGGUAACUACAGAUUCGGAUACGACGGAAAAUACGACAUUGAAGUUUGCGACCCAUUUUCCCCGGACGUGAAGAAAGCUGUAACAGAACAACGGCGUACAUCACAAAUGCCUGCUUCACUCCACGGCCUUCCUUCAACUGAUUUAAAGGGUGAUUUUGCUGCGAAGGAAUCACCCUACAGUGGACCAAAUGAGGGCCAUGAAAAUAAAGAACAUAAGGGACCUUCAGCAUGUGUAAAUGAAAAAUCAGAUCUUUGUUCAAAUGAUGUCAUGUUACGUAAUGAAACUAGUAAUGAUUCAACUGAAACUAAAGAUUUCUACAGAUCUGAAUCAAACAUACGAGUGGGACAAACAUCAAGUACUGAUAGAACAAAUACGACCGAGUUAAGUUCGGAACUUCAAUCUCCUAUGGAAGUCGAUGACUUACAAACUGAUUCUGUAAGCAAUCUCAGUCCCAAAAAUGAUUUACAGACUCGAGAAGUGGGGCAUUCUGAAACUAAACGGUCCGUUAUUCCAAAUGAUUUUCAAAAUACAUUGUAUGCCAUACAAAACAGUUCUCCUGGUGAUAAGCAAGCAUCAGUAUCUGACGGCACGAUGACACCAAACCAAAGAAAAGAAUCAAUGACAAACAAAGAUAUAGGUUCAAAUAUUCCACCGCUACUGAAAAAUGUUAUUGGUUCUAAAAACAUUUCCACAAAUUCUAGUCGGUGUUGGCAGUGGAGAGACUCCCAUGGCCUCUGGGUAGACUAUCCUGAUCAUGUGAAUAAUUUCAUCAACCACAGACUUCAACAGCGUCCUCAGUCUACGGUUGUCAUUAAUUAUAACGCUCAAAGUUUCAGACUUGUAGCAUCCAGAAUGAUUCAGAUCAACACAGACACAAAGGAGACACACCGAGUUAGAUGGAAGAAUACGUAGUAGCUAUUUGGUACUGUAAAGGAUCAACACCAGUAGAGGAACGAAGAGUGUCAUUAAACAUAUUGUACAAUUAUCACUUUAGGGGUGUCGAUGAGUCCAGUUUACUAGUUAUGUACUUUGAUUCUAUGAUACCAAAAUAUUUCUUUUUGCUAAAAAACAAACCCAUGGAAUUGUUAGUAUUGAAUGGGGGAAAAUAAAUCGCAGUGGUAAUUUUUGCUAUAUUUGCGGUCUAAAAGAAUCCGCGAAUGUAAGAAACCGUGAAUAUUUUUAUUAUUCUUUAAUACACAAUGUGUUUUAAAAUGGGGAAAGAGCUUAUAGUUAUUCAAAUCAGCGAAUUCAUGAACCCGGAAAUGUGUCUAAAAUGUAAAAACCGCGAAAAUUACAACCCGUAAAAUUAUUCCCAUAUACAGUAUUUUAUUUAUUCUUUAACGGCAAUUGUUAGAAUUUUUUCAGAAAUGAAAAUGAAAACGAAAUUUCUGUUAUUAUGAAUAUAUUUUAUGGCAUUGAAUAUAAUUCACUUUUACAAUUUCUCAAUAAACAGUGGGAACACUUUAUGUAGAGUUACCGGUAUAUAGGGAGGGGUAGUAUAUUUCAACUUUUCAACAUCAUAGAAAAUUUACGACGCCAUUACUUUUUAAAGAAAUUGUAUAAUUUUACUUCUUAUGACAAAACUCAGUCACAAAAUAUAUAUAUCAACCCUUGCAUUUAUUUUUACGUUUGUAUUACGUGUCCUCAAGAACAUAGGAUACCUAAAAACGAAUUUGUAAAUGAAUUUUGUGAAAUUAUUGUAAACAUUUUAAUUUUGCUUAAAAUCCGAUAUUUAUUACAAAAAUUGCCCAUGAAACCACAUUUAUUUUUGCAUUUUUCACAAAUUUAUACUAGUAAACGGGGGUGCUGACUACUUCUAGACACCUGCUCUCACCUCUUGUAUGUCCAUAGGACCAUGUUUUCCCAACUCCUAAUUAUACAAUCAUUAUAGGAGUUAAGAGAUUGAUCACUGUUCGAUAUCUUCACCUUUUUUUAAAAUUAAAGCAGAGUACUGACAAAUAA